AUGUCCGGACCAGGACCUGGUCCCGGUGACCGCUACUACCGCCCCCAGGAUGGCUACCCGACCAGCAUCUUCGCGCAGUCGAGCAUUGUCCCCGCGAGGAGACCGGUAGGCGGUCCGGCGGCGGCGGCCGCCCCCGUGGACCCGGCGCAAGUCUCGCCGGAGCUCAGCUACCCGCUCCGUUCAACGCGCUCGGGCAGCAGCAGCGCGCGAAGCCGAAUGCCGCAGCGCAUGGGCACGAUCAACAGCGGAGGUAAAUUUACCGUGUCGCCGGCAAGCUCGAUUCACGAAGACGACGAGGAGGCGUACGGUUACGGCGGGCUGGCCGGGUUAUCGCCGUCGCCUCCGCGGGACUACCGAGACGGGGCGCAAACGCAUGGGACUGCCGGCUGGGACGACCAGGGCCAGGCCCAGGGGAAUGGGGGGGAAGCCCGGCUGUGGCACGGACAGGCACCGUCGCAUGUACAGGCACAGGGGGUUCCGCAUACGACAGCAGCAGCAGCAGCCGGAACGACCGACGACAUCUCCCGCGCCGCCGGCGCGACGGGAAUAGCGCCUGCACUCUGGCAAACGAACCCCAACGUGGCCGAUAUCCCCUACCCGGCGCCGCCGCACUGGCGCGGCAGCCGCGACAUGCAGGAGCUCAACGAGGCGCGCGCGCGCGAGGCCGAGUCAGGUCGACGGCCCGUCCGGACCUCCUACGGGCCAGCCCCGGUGCGGACUCCCGCUCCUACUGCCGCCGCCGCUACUAUUUCCGACGUACCACCUUCCCUACCCGUCCCAGCCGUUCUGAUUCCGGGCCACCCCGUCACCAACACAUAUACCGAAAUCACCCCCGCAGUAUCCGCGCCUGUGUCAACACCAUGGCAGCAGACUCAACCCCAACAACAAACCCCGACUCACUUAACACCCCUUGGUACUCACCAACCCCCCACUAGCACCGGAACGGCCCGCACCGCCAACCGCGCUCCGGACCCGCAGUCUAGUGGAGACGGCCCGUUCAUGCACUACGAGGACAUCGACUACUUCGCCCCGGUGCCCGAGUCCGAGCCUAAAGACGAAUCGCAAAUCGACGUUGGCGUGCCCCACGCUGACACCUUCCCCCCUAUCCCCUCAAGUCUGAACGGGCCGAAAGCGAGGCGGUCGUGGGACCGACAACGCAAGCGGCGGAGGAAGAGGAACGAGCCUGUGGAUGGCGGUGAUGGGGAGGGGGGUGGCCGCCGACGGCCCCAGCGAGGAGAACAGGGGGGGAGAGGGUGUGGCGGGUUCCUGCGGUAUUGUGCGCGCUGGCUGCCCGAAAUAUUGGGCUGUUUGCUGGGGAUCGUGUGUCUGGCGGUUAUUGUUGCGGUGCUAAACAUGUUUGACGGACGGGGUCUGACGGACUGGCCCUUGACGGUCUCGCUUAACACGGUGGUGGCCUUUCUGACGACCAUAUGUCAGGUUGCGCUGGCCGUCCCCCUGACUGAAGGGCUCUCACAGCUGAAGUGGAACUCGUUCGCUCGGGGCGAAAAGCCGCUCGCAGAUUUCCAGACGUUCGAUGAUGCGCGGCGGGGCCCCGUGAGAAGCGCUAUGUUGCUUUACAAGCGGAAGGGAAGGGCACUCGGGAUGUCUGCGGCUGUGGCACUUGUGACCAGCUUUUUGCUCUCCCCGCUCACGCAGGGCGCCGUCACCUAUCCCACUCGAAAUUUCGAGGCCGGGAGUGGCACAGCGGCCAUUCCCAGGAGCGAAUCAUACUCCCACCCAACGCCGUAUGAGCACCUCGACACCCGAGAGAAGCAAGCGAUCCAGUCAGGCAUCUAUCAUGCAGUCGACGUGGAGGUACCACACCUGCAACCCCUCUGCAGCUCUGGCGACUGCCAAUGGCGGAACUUCAGCUCGCUGGCCGUCUGUGGCGCCGUGGCCGACGUGUCCGACAGGCUCACCGUCUCCAGCCAGUCCGGGCCACGAGGUCUGGGUGUGUCGCUGGGAGACGCCAACGAUGAGCUCGUUCGCUCUGCUCGCCUCCCCAACGGCCUGUUUCUGGUCGGCGGCACCGCCAGCUGUAACCUGAACAUCUCUUGGCCGCAUGCCUCGGCAAAUACCGACAGUGACACCGAGGGACUGACGGGCCAAGAGAGCUAUCUCCCCGCGCGGACAAGUCUCGCCUUCUCAGACCAGGACGGCAGAGUGUCGAGCGCCAUCGCAAACUUCUUCCUUGUUUAUACCAACCAGACCUCGGACCCUGGGUCGGUUUCGUCAAAGACUGUGUUCCGUGCCGCCGAGGUUCUGCUACACUUCUGUGUCAACACGUACGAGGCGUCGACCUCCCGCGGCGCAUCCACGAGCAGGGUAGUACACUCGUCCACGCUCGCCGCAGAAGACGCCUCGGGUAACUCGAUCGUCAACGUCCGCCAUGUACCGUCCUUGCCCCGGCAAGUGUUCCUGCGCUCCACCAACGCUGACGGCGUGUACUCAGUAAAGAGAGAGGACGUGAGGCUCUUGAACGGCUAUAUCCUGUCGGUCUUUUCCGGCGUGUAUUCCCAUUGGUACGGGAAGGCGAUCGGGGGCGAGACGGCCACCAGCGAGGCCCUUGGGCUUGCCAUGUUCCAGCGCGAGCCGUCUGACGACGACGGGAUGCGGUCUGUGGUUAGGAACUUGACCGCCAACGUGGCCGCCAGCUUGACUAACACGCAAGUGGAUUUUCUUAGGCUUACGGCCCCCUUGACCCUCUUUCUGAUGCGUGCCAUGAGUUCAGCCUCGGCGAGUGGCACCGUUUUUGCAACCGAGAGUUACGUUCACAUCCAGUGGGCUUGGCUGACGUUCCUAGCCAUCCAGGUGGCACUUUCGGUCAGUUUCCUCCUGGGCAUCAUGGUCCAGACGGCUGUCUGGAAUGUAAAGAUCCUUAAAGGAUCGUCCACAGCGGUGCUGCUAGCCCUUUCUGCCGAUGAAAAGGCAUACUUGGAGGAACGAGAAAACAUGUUCCUUGACAGCGACGAGGGGGGCGAGACGUCUCGCAAGCUGAACACCAUUACCUACAGGUUCCGGCCUGGAGAAAGGGGUUGGAGUCUGGAAGCGGACAAGAGGGAGGAUGGCUAA